AUGCCCCAGGGCCCGCGCGAGCCGCUGUCCGCUCAGUCAGAUCGCAGAUGCAGGACUGGCUACGUGGAGAUCAAGGGGUGCUCAGGUCCAGGCUGGCGGGGAGCCUGCACCCUGGCUGUCAUCCUGCUGUACCUACACGCACUCCUGCUGCACACUGAGGUGGCUGGGACCACCACAGCCGGACCGUCACAGCCAGCCACAGCUGGACCACCACUGCGCGCUGAAGAGGUGUGCGGGCGGCCUGCCGUAACUGGGAGGAUCUUUGGUGGCCGGGACGCACCUGAGAAGCGGUGGCCAUGGCAGGUCAGCCUGCUCUAUAAUGGUCAACACAUCUGUGGAGCCGCCCUCAUCAGCGCCUACUGGGUGGCCUCAGCUGCCCACUGUUUCCAACUGUCCCAUGAUCCAUCUGCCUACAGAAUCCUGCUAGGGUACCAUCGGCUAAGAACUCCUACCUCACACAGUGGGCAGGCAUCGGUGUACCGAGUCAUCGUCAACACGGACUUUAACAAGCACUACUACAUGGGGAGUGACAUCACCCUGUUGCAGCUGUAUCGGCCCGUGGUCUUUUCCGACUACAUCCGCCCCGUCUGCCUCCCGGGACCUAACACACAGUUGCCCCCUCAUACCUCCUGUUGGAUAACUGGCUGGGGGAUGGUCACCGAGGAACGGUUCCUGUCUGCUCCCUACACGCUGCAGGAGGGAGAGGUUGGUGUCAUGGACAAUCAGGUUUGUGCAUCGUAUUUCCAGGGGCCAGAUCCCAACAACAAUACCUAUUCUAUACACGAUGACAUGCUGUGUGCCGGGGACCUCAACACAGGAAAGUCCAUCUGCCGAGGAGAUUCUGGGGGUCCCCUCGUCUGCCAGCUGAAUAAUACCUGGUUUCUGAUUGGGCUGUCCAGCUGGAGUAUGCCCUGCCAGGAGCCCAUAAGACCCAGCGUCUUCACCAAGGUCUCCUACUUCACCCAAUGGAUCUCCGAGAAGCAGGCUGCCUCACCCAACCCUGAUCCUUCCUCCAUUCCUCCUGAGAGCAAAGCUUCUGUGCCCAACUUUUCUUCUCUGGGCCGUGUCCACAAGCCCAGGAGCUUCCUAACCCUGGUGACUUCACAGAACUUCCUCCUGCUGCUGAGUUUCCUCUGGACACAGUGGCUGUGA